AUAUUCCGCUCGCAGCGGAGCUUCAGUUACUCGGCAGACCUCAUCGAACCGAGUCGCGAAUUUUGAACGGUGAAGAGCGCGCGCGAAUCGUUGCACGAAGUGAAGCGUGUAGAUUCUGUUCCCCCUUUUCUGUUUGUGUUGGAGUGGGUACUCGGUGGGAACAACGCGAACGAGCAUUAUUUUGUGAAUAUACGUCGAAAGGGCUAUAAUAUUACUAUACUGGUGCGGUUUUCAGGUCGGCUCGGGACCUAAACUACGCACAUUGUCUACAACAAGUUCCACGAAACUGAGUGAUAUCCGUACAUCAGUGAAGAAACUUAUAUGCUGUAAAUAUAGAUCGGGAAAAUUCUCGAGCAGAUUCCUGUAGUUUGUAACGCCAGUGGAGGAGAGCUACGGAGCCAAGUGUUUGUUUCGUGCAAACCGGACUCGAAUCGCGGAGAGUUUAGUUGGUGUCAGAAAAAUUCGCGAAGGAAAAGAAAAGAUUGACGGUGGAAAAUCGAUUUCCAGACAGUUCUCAUACCGCCCAAGUCUGGUCCGCCAGACGGUUCCGCUUUGUAUCUGUAUGAAAGGACGGUCGGUUUAUCGGUCGGUUGGACGGACGGACGGAAGAAAGUGCCGUCUCGCCUUUGCUACCGGAGAGGGAACGGAGCCUACCGAUUUAAUCAAUGCAAUAUAGAUGAACGGCGUCCGCACUGCAAGCUGAUGAUAGUUCAGCCAUUUUUUCGCACAUUUUUGUGUGAUUUGAAACAAUAAAUAGCGGUGGAGCUUUGAGCAAACUAUCCGAUCGCAUAUCGGCCCGAGUGUGUGGAUGUGUGAAAGCAACCACAGAAAAAAAGUAAGGUUAGGAGUAAAUAAAUUAACGGUACGGAGAGUUUGGAGUUAAUCGACUGGCUGGAUUGAAUCAAUUUUGGAUCCCACCUAAUUUUUUUGCCUUUGCCGGGCUGAGGAUUGGUAGAGUAGUUAAGUAGCAGAAUUGGCCACUAUACAUCGUCUUCCGUCGAUUGCGUUAGUGUUUGUGUUUGCAUAUGCUGUCACUGGGCGAUAGUGAACCGUCGUCGCGGUCUUCAUCAUCGCCGCCGCCGCCACCGCAGCUACACUCGUCGCAAAUACACAACAGCCCAGCGGCUGAGCCCCAAUAAAAAUAGUAACAACAACAAAAAUAACAACAUCAGUGAGACAAGCAGACCGCAGCAGCGGCAGCGCUUGCGAAGGAACACAACAAGAGGGAAUUCAUUCAAGCAGUUCGCAUAAAAGUGUGUGUUUUCCUCCCAUUGUCGAGCGAGAACCAGCCAGCGAGCAUUAAACGCAAAUUUAUGCUCGUGCAGUGUCUCACCAGUUGCGAAAAAAUGGCAGUCCAUUGAAACGCACACACAGCGUGUGUGUGUAUGUCUGUAUGUUCCGUGAGUGUGCAUGAGAGCGCCUUCAGAAAGGGGAUACCGAACGACACAUACCUACGCUCGUUUGCACCCCUUGUGCCCGCAGGGAACAGGAAACCGGCCGUCAAACUGUGCCGUUUCCAGAGUGGUGCCUCGGAACCUUGAAGCACAAAGUCGUACAUUUUGCCAUCAGAUAAGUCGCAGUGAUAAGGUCUAGAAUCGCCUGGUUCGCGUCCUCAAGCUUAUCAGCUCCAGACCAAAUAGGGCAGUACAGUGUGUAUAUCGGCUGGGUAUAAUGAGAUUAGCGUGAGGCGGCAGUAAGUGGCAAAAAAACGGUAAGAAGACCCAAGGUCCAAUUUAAAUGUGCUUAGAGCGCAGCAAGUCAGUGGUGAUGAUCGAAUGCAAAUGAGCUCAACACCAUCUCGUCAGCAGCAGCAGCAGCAGCACAUACAGCCGAAGCGGAUCCUUGUUGAUGGGAAUCGAGCCGCGUCUCCGUCGUUUCGAAACAAAGUAGUUUUGCCCCGGCCCGAGUGUGUGAAUUCAAGAAUUUACUACGAUUGUGGAAGUGUGAGAAAAGUACAACGCCGAAGAGGGUGAAGUUCAGUAUUUUUGUCGGCCGCGCCGAGAAGAAGUUGGAAGAUUUUUCAAAACAAGCGACAAAAAGAGAAAAAAAAAAUCAGCGAAGGAAAGUUAAUAAAAGAAUAAGAGAAAAAUAUUAGUUAAACAAGCGAAGCAAAAUAAAGGUUAGGUGGUUCGUGCAUUUCGUUGCGGUCGUAGAAGGGAUUUUGUUGAAUGAAUUCUGUGGAAAAUAUGCCAACACCGGCAAGAAGCUAGUGGUCAAGUGUUUUGUGGCCGGUGAGGGUCAGUAGGAAUUCAGGGUAAGCGGAUCCAGUUGCCGAUGCAGAGGAACAAGAAGCAGCCGGAGGUGGUCGCCUUCGAACUAUCAUCAAACUGUUGAGGAUACGUCUACUUCCUGCUAUCGUUCUCGCUCAUCGGCGCCGUUGUGCUGGGCCUGUUCGGCGUGUAUCGGUGUUUCCGCGUGACCGUCAGCCGUACACCGCCCGAGGCUCUGGCUUUGCCGAUCCAGUUCAUCACCGACGACCUAGCAGCAAUAGCAGCAGCACCUCUAAACGCCGACUCGAACCAUCCGUCUGUACCCAUGCUAUCGGUACAGUCACCCGGCUGCGCGGGGAUGGAGCGGCUCGGCGUUCCUGCCCGCAGUUCAAUUGGCUCACCACCUCUCAGAGAUGAACGAAGUCGACGACUACGAGUAGAUCCAGGCGUUGCGAGCGCCACCAGCAACUCGUCCGCCAUCUACCAGCAUCAUCCCAACGUGCACCAUCACAGCCAUCAUGCGCUUCACCACCACGAUCAUCUAAGUAAUACUAGCAGUAAUUUUAUGAGCAAUCAUAACUUCCACACCCAGUUCCAUCAAACAACGACGACGACGACGACGGCCACGACCACGACGUCCAGCGAUCGCCAUCCAACGUCUUUGACGCCGGCGGCGACAGCUGCCAGCCUGUCGCAGAAGGGUAGCUCGUCGACCGACGCCAACGGUAGCACCGGGGGAAGUUCUGGCAGUAGCAGUAACUAUGGCAAGCCUAACUUCCAACUUCAUCACCAGACCAGCAAUAGCUUCUACGGAGGAAGCAGCAACACCAACAACAAUACCAGCCUGUGCAGCAACAGCAUCAACCGGUGUCCGCAUCACGUGUCACUGCCGGAUGGCGAACGGGGGCCAGAUCGGGAUCUGCAGAUACGGUCCCCCUGUCAGCAAUCGGAAAUACCACGAACCUACGUCAAAGCCCCACCGAACAAAACGGUGCGCGACGUACCCGCCCAGUACCAGUCCGGGGCGUCCUCGACGUCAUCGUCCAUGAGCAAUCUCAACAGCCAUCUGCGGGGUUCCGGAGCGUCCAGUCUCAGCCACUCCUUGAGCGGGGGCGUCAGUCUGGGCAACCGGGCGAUCGCCAACAGUCUCUCCACGCUGGGCAGCGGUUCGUCGUCAACGACCGGCGGUGGCUCCAACAGCCAGCAAACCAAGUCUGACAAGUCUGAUAAACUGAAGCAAAUGCUGUGGUUUCUCCCAGGUAACAAAACAUCCAAAUCAUCCACUAGUGGUAUUAAUGUUAAUAAUAGCGGUAGUAGCAGUAGUAAUAAUAACAACAAUUAUGGACCUAAUAGUAGCAGUACUAGUUGUAAUAAUAAUAAUUAUCAAACGCGAAGCAAUUCCUACGGGAAUGGUAGUCUGGUCGGAGCGAGUGGAAACCGGAGUGGGUUACGUUCUAGCGGCGGGAAUCAUCUAGCAGUAAGUGGAAUACAUAGUCAUAAUCAUCACUACCGGCAAUCGGCCACGUCGGUUCAGCAGCAGCGGCAGCAGCAGCAACAGCAGCAAACUCUGUCAUCGUCGGUCCCGAAUGCUUCCUCGGGUUCGCUGAAUCAGGGGGGCAGCAGUACACCGAUGUCACUCUCAGCUAGCCCUAGCCCGGACACCAGUACGCACUACAUGUGACAGGAUGGCGGACCGGCGCAGGAUAGUUGAAAUGUUGACACGGGUCAUCGCGGUGAUCUGUUUCCCUUUUUAUUCAUAAAACUAGCUAAUCGAUGUCGUGAUAAUACUUGUGAUUCUGACAAUGAGCCGACCGGUGAAGACGGCCAAACAAAACAGUCGACUACGGCUACUACCGUCGAAAUACCGUUGCGUUGUUCGUUCCAAUGGACCGAUCAUAGCAGUCAUAGAUCUCCGGGAGUAGGUUGGGAUCCGCUGACGAUGAAGAGUGAAGUAGCAGGCGACGCUGCUGUGGCUAGUGCUCCCAAUCGCUGCACCGACGCUGGCGCCGGUUGCCAUGCCGUGCUAUUGGAGUGCGAUCACCGAUUGUAGACGGGGUAAAACAGAGCUGAGUUAUAGAUUUCGUACCGGCACCGAUUCGGACUGAGAAAAUUUAAAGUUUCACAUAGCGUUAGUGAAAAGUUACACGUUCGGUAGAAAAUUUGUUUUUGUUUAAUGGAGUAGUUUUACAAAACCUUUUCAUCUCUGAUAGGGGACUUCGACAAACGAUGACUUCAAUCGAAUAAUCCUGAUAGCGUUAGCCGAAAGGAUCAAUCAAGGACUGCUCAGAUGCCAUAAUUCAUUGGAAGCCAGUACAAAUGUCGACGCUCGAAUCUAGUAGGCUUUGAACAAACGAUCUCACGGCGAUUUUAUUAUCACUUAGCUAGAAAUUUCUACUUCGUUGAGCUACUUCAAUUGAUCAAACGUUUACAAGCCAGACACGUACAUCUCAGCAGAUCAGGUAAAAUCAUCUGACUCUGGAUCACAGCUAGCUGAACAGAUGAAUCCUUCCGUAUUCCACGACGCUCCCCACAAGCAAACAAAACAUCCUACAGAACAAUCGGUUGUAAAUUUUCCCUUCUGUUGCGUACCGUAACUUUCCCGUUUAUUCCAUGCCAGCACGAAAAGUAAUGUUUUGAAAACAUAUAUUUUACCUGUAAUUUAAGGUAAUUUAAGUAAUAUUUAAGGCAGAAUAAAAGGAAAAAAAAUGUAUCAAACUCAUGUGCAAGACUACCAUUUAGUAAAAUGUGCAACCAAAACGACAAAGAAGUAACUAAUGUCAGAAAAAAUAGGUAAAUCGAAGAAAAACGUGAAAUGUAACAGAAAUCUUAAAUUUCAAGUAAAAUGACAGCCUUUUACUCUUCAUUUCCGAAGAGACUAUGGGAAGCACUAGUGAAAUUUUAUUGUUUGUUAAGUUAAAUUAUUCAAUUCUGAAUCGAUUGUAUUGGCUUGUGUAGGAACUAGAACGCAUGUAUAGUCCUAGCUUCAACUGCAGAACGAGUUACAGAAGAAAAAAACGAAACUACAAUAGUAAACAAACCGCUUCGUAACAACCCAGAUUACAAUAAGUCGCGAUAGUAAUGAAUAAGAAACAAAAUGGGAAAUAAUGGCUCAACUACUAAAAAUACAAUACAUAUAGCACACAGAUAGUCGAAAUAUAGGGAAAAUAACACAUCACAUACACAUCAGGCAGACCCAAAUUGCAAAAAGAAAACAAAUAAAUACACGCAAACACAUACACAGCAAAAUAAA